AUGCAUGCACAUACACUUUACAGUGCUGUAAGACCAUUCGGUGUGUCAGUUCUACUUGGAUCAUACGAAGGUGAUGGCCCUCACCUGUAUGUUAUCGAACCAUCUGGUCUGUCUUUUGCCUAUUUUGGUUGCGCUAUCGGUAAAGCCAAACAAAAUGCAACAACAGAAAUAGAGAAGCUUAAAAUAAACGACUUGUCUCCAGAAGAGCUAAUUAAGGAAGCCGCCAAGAUGUAA